AUGGAGAGAAACAUGAAGGAAAUGCGUGGAUCAACUUCAGACAUAAUCAGUAAUCUUCCACAAAGUGUAAAAGAAACAAUCUUAGUGUGUUUGCCAAUACAGGAUGCGGUGAGGACUAGUGUUUUGUCAAAGAAAUGGAGGUAUAUCUGGACAAAACUUCCCCGACUUGUAUUUGAUGAUAACUUUUGCAGAGAAUCAACCAGAAAAACCAAGACUGAACUUAUGAUGACUAUUUAUCAAGUUCUAUUACUUCAUCGUGGACCAAUACCCAAGUUCAUACUCAAUUUAUCUAGACUGGAAAGUUGCUCGGAGAUCAAUCAAUUGAUACUUUUCCUUUCAAACAAUGGUAUCCAGGAAUUCGCCCUUCUGAUUCGGAAGGGUGACCCUUAUAAAUUGCCGUCAUCAUUAUUUUCAUGUGAACAAAUUAGGUGUUUGAGGCUUCGUUCUUGUGUAUUUAAAUCUCCACCUGAAGUUAAAGGAUUUAGCAGGCUCCUUGAACUGGUGCUUUACGAAGUUGUUGUUACUGCUGACAUACUUUCAAGUUUAAUCUCCAGUUGCCCACUACUUGAGAAACUGUCACUUAAAAGAUCCGGCAAUUUAGAUUCCCUUGAAAUUAAUGCUCCUAAUCUUAGAUUCUUAUGCUGUGGUGUACCAAAGAGGCUUCCAAAUUCUUUGAACAACCUUAAAACUCUCAAGUUGUUUUUUGUUUGUUUUGAAGAAGUAAAUGAGAUCUCAGUUAUUCUUUGUUUAAUCAGAAGCUCUCCAAACUUGGAAAAAAUUACAGUUGUCGCACCAAGUACUGAAACUGUUGUUGUUAUUUAUCCUGUUCUGGAACUUCUAGAAAUAAAAGACUGGUCAGGUGUCUCUUUAAAUCAACUUCAAGUAGUGCAGUUGGGGGGUCUAUAUGGCACACGGUCUGAAUUGAAGUUUAUUAAGCUUCUAUUAGCCAUAUCACCCGUGUUGGAGACAAUGUUUAUUCAGACUGACUCAGAGAAGGUUGUUGACGAAGGAUUGAGAAUUUUGAAUGAGGUGACAAUUUCCACGCUUGUCACCUCAAGCAGAAAUCAAAUUUGA